UUUCAUAUUGCGUAGUCCCGUGCCGUAUUUUGACGCCGCCGCGCUGUCAAGUGUCACAUGACUCGCCGGCCGGUCGCAGUACUGAGUGGCAGGUUCGUUCAGAACGGCCGCGAACCUCUCGCGCUGAUAACGCUGUUGCUGUUAAGCGUUCCGUCCUACAUGCAGUUAAACACGAUAAGAAUUUAUAAUCGCAGUGUAAAGUUAAUAGAAAUGGCUUGCCAGGACAUAACCUAAGUUUAUUGACUAAUAUCGUGUCCGCUCAAGGAGUGUUGAUUAAAUUGUGACAGAGUGAUUGUGAGAGAGUGGUAUACAUUUUUUUUUGUUUACAUUGACUUAAAGUGAAUAUGGAAACUAGACAUUAUUGGGAGGAGAACGGCCAAUCCAUCAAGUAUGAUAAUUAUAAUUCAAAUGAUGGCUAUAGUCGCGUUGCAGAUCAACUCAACUUCGCCGCCCCUUCGGAAGACGAGGCGGAGUACCCACCAGGCGCCUACUUGAAGAAGGGGAAGCAAGAUCCGAUGUCGCAUCGAAUAAUCGAAAAACGUCGUCGCGACCGGAUGAAUAACUGUCUCGCUGAUCUGUCUCGGCUCAUCCCGCCUGAGUAUCUGAAGAAGGGACGUGGCCGGGUUGAGAAAACGGAGAUCAUAGAGAUGGCCAUCCGCCAUCUUAAGUUCUUACAGGAGCGCGCUAAUGCUGCUGAAAGGCAAGUUGGCGAAGAGAACUUCAAGGCUGGAUAUCAGGAAGCGGUCGCCGAGGCUGUCAGGUUCCUGGUGGAAAUGCAAGGCUACGGUCGCAGCGACGGACUCUGUGCGCAGUUGGCGUCACACCUACAGCGGCACUGCGAUGCUGUUACCAGAGGUGAAGUUCCCCGUGACAAAUCGCGGUCUCACGCCGGCUCUUCUUCGGAGACGACAAGCUCCUCUGGCAGCUCACAUGGGUACGCUACGAACCCUGGCGUGAUCGCGCAGGCGCCACCACCUGGACCUUCAUACCCCACACAGUCCUAUGAGUCGGAACGUCCAACUGAGCCACUAUACCCUAUGGAAUGCGAUAGAGUGUCCACAAAUCAGCACCCAAUAGCAACCGAGGGGGAUGUACAGAGUGAAACGGAACCGUUACCCCUGGAUGGGCGGCGAAAGCGCGAGCCCACACUCCGGACUAUAAGGAAACCUGAACACAACGAUGAUUACUUACAGUCGUACAAGUUUAAGAACUCCAUUGAAAGAAGAUUUUCGAGGUCACAAGAUGAGGCGGCAGACAUGGCUGCACGAUCAACACAUCCUCAUGGGAAAGUCUACAGCCAUAAGCGACGACGAGCAGCGAAAUUAGCACCUUCCACAUCCACUUCUAAUUCCGGUUCUACGGAAGAAGCCAGAGAUACCUCCCCACAGGACACAUCGAGCGAGUCGCCGCAUCAUCACAAUCAUUACGAGAAGCAGCAACCACCGACGCAGUAUGUGCCUGUCUUCGCUCUCAAUACACUCGGUAAAUACUACGUCCCGCUGAGCAUUGAUUACGCAUGUUUGUCGAGGCACCUUGGCGCUUACGACGCACUAGACGCCCGGGCAGUUCACCUCGCCGCCCCUCUUCAUCCUGUCACCAUCCACGUCAACUUCCAGCCUUGUCUCAAUUAUCACGUGAAACGUGAGCCAAACGAGAGAGAAUGGCGACCUGUCUGAAUUAUGGACAAUGGAAUAAAGAUUUUAGUCGGUUGAGAAUAAAGUUUAUUAUAGGAAUCAACGUUCUAUAAGUCAUAGCAUUUAUAUACGUGUUUCCUUUGCCUGUAUAGGGCAUAAAAUAUAAGUACAUUGUUGUUGGUGCGAAACAGUGCGAACCAUACCUAGUUAUUACGUUACCAUGUACAUUCAUGAAUGUGAUUAUAGUAUAUUUUAAAGUAAGUUAUAAAGAGUUAAGACUAAAAUACAAUUUAUGCUUAGAAUUAUAUUUUUUGUUUCAUAUUGCUUCCAAUUGUAAGGUUCCCAAAGAAAAACUGAAUAUUAUUAAAUAGCUUGUUUUACACGGACUGUCAAGAUAUAUUAUGUUGUAUCAAAAAAUUAAAAUUGAAUAUACAGUUUUGUAUAAGAUUUUUUAUUGUAUACAAAAAGAAGUAGCUAUAAUAUAAAUUUCUAAAAGUACGGGAUGAUCAAAUUGUGUAUUGUAUAACUUGUAUUCUAAAACUAUUAUUUAUUUGAAUAAUGGAAAAUACAUUCUUCCUCAAGAUACGUAAGAAAUAUGAAACCUCAUUGUUUCUUUAAU